AUGUAUUACAAUAAAUUGGUUCUCAUUGUGGCCGUAACAAUAAUAUAUUUUGCUUCUGUGUUUGGUGAGGACGAAGAGAAACUUAGUUGGAAGGAAGACGAUGGAUUGGAGAUUAAGAUAAUAAAACCAAUCAAGCCAGAAAAAUGUAAGAUGAAAAGCCAGCCGGGUGAUAUCGUUGAACAGUUCUACAAAUUAUCCGACAAGGAUGGACAAACAAUAGGAUCCAAUUUCGGCAAGAAACCAUACACAUUUACACUUGGUAAAAAUCAAGUUAUCAGUGGCAUGGAUCGCGCUAUGACCGGUAUGUGCAUCGGUGAAAAGAGGAAAGUGAUCAUUCCAGCACAUUUAGGGUUCGGUGAUAAUGGUCGUGACAGAGAUAAUAUAAAAGGUGGACAAACACUGUAUUAUACAGUACAACUUGUAGAUCUGUUUAGACCGGUACCCGGUAACUCCUGGACCACUGAAGAUGGUUUAAAAAUUGAGGUGACACAUAAAAUUGAUAAGAAGGAAUGUCGUAAGGCAGAGAAAGGUGAUACAAUUCAUCAGCACUAUACGCUUCACUUAGAACAUUUCGAUGGAACAUUUGUUGAUUCAAGUUUCAGCCGAAAUACGCCAUUCAUUUUUAAACUUGGAAAGGGAGAGGUGAUCGAAGGUAUGGAUCGAGCAAUGAAUGGUAUGUGUGAAGGAGAGAGACGAAAAGUGGUCAUUCCAUGGAAAUUAGGAUAUGGUGCUGAAGGUCGGAAGCCAUCGAUACCUGGCAAAGCUGACUUGUACUUCGAUAUCGAGCUUCAUAAGUUAAUUAAACAUGAUGAGUUAUGA